GAGAGAGAGCAGCUGCAGCUCAGCGCAGCACAGCACAGAGAGAGCAGAGAGCUAGAUGGCGAGCUUGGUGGUCGCCGACGCGUCGGAGUACCUAGCCAUCACCGGCGGGUUCGACACCACGCCCGUCAACUACGAGUUUGAGGUCCACGCAACAACGUUGGAGAAGCUCUCGCUCAUCCUUCCCAUGGUCCUCACCGUCGGCCCCAAGGUUGACGAGCACAGCAAGGCGUACUCCAAGCUCAUCAUCGCGCCGCACGGCAACGACCCCUCACACGUCGGCGAACUCGUGAGGGGCGCCGUCGAGGGCCAGGCGCGCGCGCUCGCGGCCUCCAUGACCGCGGAGGAGAUCUCCCAGGGCGCCGAGUCGUCGUUCGAGCAGGCCGUCGUCGAGAAGGUCCAGCUCGAGCUCGACCACUUUGGCCUCUUCAUCCACAACGCCAACGUUAGCAAGCAGUUCGUCGCCGUGCACAAGGUGGACGUCCAGGUGACCAAGGUGGAGGCGGAGGCGGAGGCGCUCGAGAACGAGAGGGACGACGCGGUGGUGGUCGCCGCCGCGGCCAAGGCCAACCUGGAGGCCACCACCAAGCUGCCGGCUUGGGUUCUGGCCAGCCUCUUCAUCGCCUCCGCCACUAUACCACAGCCCAGAAAUCCCAUCAAACGUGUGUCGGCAAAAGUAGAUUAAUAGCAACAAAUUGUCGGUCGGUAAAGCUCUGCAACAGUCAAUCAGUCGGUAAUUCAAGUUUUAACGACUGACCAUCAGUCGGUAUUUCUGUUCACAUGUACCAUCGCACCAUCAGUUGGUAAAAGCUGAUAUAGGCCUCAAACCAUCCGUCGGCAUACAUGUACUGGGCCUAUCGGGCGCUUUAGGCCCACUCCGGCGCGCAAUUUUUCCUUCAGGAGCCCACCAGUGACCAAUCAGCUUCGGAGAACCCUAAUUCUAUCGUUCUUCUGCCCUUGCGCGCUUGCGCGCCGCCAUCUUCUCCCAAAUGUCUCCGCCGCCGCGCGCUCUCCCCAAAUCUCCCAAAGUCUUGCGCGCUCGACCGCCUCGCGUUUGCUGCUUCUCUCCCAGAUCUCAUCCAGAGCCGCGCGUCGCUGCCCGCCCAGUACUCCUUUCCCAAAUCCACGCUAGCAACAGCCAGCCACCGUGUCGUGGAGCCGCGCCGCUGCCCGCCCACUGCUCCUCUCCCAAAUCCACGCCUCCUUGCGUCCAGGAGCGGGAGACCGGGCAGCCCCGCCGGCCGCCGCGUCCAGGAGCCGCCGCAUCAACCCACGGGAGAGCAGGAGACGUGACGCCCACCGCUCGAGCUGCAAGAAACGCGGGACCCGCAGGAGGAUGUGGGCGGCGAGAGCGCGUGAGGGACCGCGGGAGCCGGCGCAUGCCUUGUGCUCGCAUCCGUGCGGGGGACCUCCCAGGAGGCGGAUGCUGCACAAUAUGGACUAUGGAGCACAUCCAUUCGUGCGGGCGCAGAGCGCAUCGGUGGCGGCGGCUGCGAAGCCGCAUGGGCCGCAUCGAUCCCCUUGUCUUCCCGACUGCCCGAGCCCCUCGUCACGCUCCAUCUUUCAAUCUCCAUCAAGAUACGUAGUGACAAAGAAUGAGGAGAACAAGGAAAACGAUCUUGGUCCUGCACCUCUGGAAGAAAUGGCUCCAGCACCAUAACUUGACUGAAGAAAUGACAGUACUUACCAUGGCAAGCAAUCGAGCUGAAAGCCACUGUGGAGGUCUAGACUUUCCAUCUUGAAUGUUCCGCAACUCCUCAUGCUGCACACAGCAUAGCAUGUUAGGAAUUCAGGUGUGAGCAUGGAUGCCUGAUCGCAGAGGGAGGGCAUGCUUCUUUUGUCUACCAGUUCCAGCACAUUGAAAUUGUGUUUCUUCUGAACUUCCUAGAGAUAAAACUAGGAUCUCCAAGAGGAUGCUUUAUAAGGUGUCUCUAAGAGGAUGCUUUAUAAGGAGUCAAGUGCUUAGCUGUGUUCCUGGUAUGUAGCCUUUUAGGUUGUGUUUAUAGGUUAGGCCUUCUCUGUAGUUAAGUCUUUUGGCGUUCCUGAGCGCCUUUUGGUGUUUACUGUGAUGGAAAAUUUGGUUGUAUAUGCUUCUUGUAAUUGCUGGCUUAUAUGGACCCUUUGUCUGUAGUUCUGGGGAAAAAUUGGACAACUAAAUGUAUGGGUGAUCAAUGUCAAUGUUUGUAUGCUCAUAUUGAAUCUUUUGGCUUCAAAUGAAAAACCAUCAGUCAAGUGUGUUUGUUA